AUGAAUGAUGACCCAGUAGGCUGGCACUUUCCAAGAGAAGUAGGUCCAGGGCUGGCUAUUUUGGUCAUUGAGAAGAUCAAGAACAUGGGAAGAAUCUGGCCUAUUUUAAACAAGCUAAUGCAGUGUAUUUGUUUUGGUACAUACAGGUUUCCUAUUGUGGAACCUGAUCCUGGUCAUACAAAACUUCGUCUUUCAAGGGAAGGACUGGAUGUCAUUGAGAGGAUAACAACUCCUAUUGCAGCUGUUGCUGUUAUUGGGCCAUAUCGCUCCGGAAAAUCCUUUUUGCUCAAUCAACUUCUCUCCCUCUCAUGUUAUGAAGGCUUCGGUGUUGGACACAUGCGUGACACAAAAACAAAAGGGAUAUGGGUUUGGGGAACCCCUGUAGAAUUAGAUAUUGAUGGAGUUAGAAAUUCUGUCUUUUACCUUGAUACAGAGGGAUUUGAAAGUGUUGGGAAGUCUAAUGUAUAUGAUGACCGGAUUUUUGCUCUGGCAAAUGUUAUGAGUUCUGUGCUCAUCUAUAACCUGCCUGAGACGAUUCGUGAAGCUGAUAUCUCUCGUCUGUCAUUUGCUGUUGAGCUUGCUGAAGAAUUUUAUGGGAGGAAAUUAAAACACCAACUCCUCCUUUUUCUCCUCUCCCUCUCUCUCUCUCUCUCUCUCUCCAGCGACGCCGUGCAUCCCAGAAAAAUUAUUCCCAUCAAGCUAAGAACUGGAUUUUGGUGGGUUUCACUCCUCAAAUCGGCUAAGAACUUCUCCCGGUGCUCUCUCUUUCUCUCUCUCUCCGGCGGAAGUAGAGAUAAAAACCGGAGCCCAACCCGACGCCGGAUCCCAACCCGAGGCCGGAGACCAGACCUCUCCGGUGCUCCAGUUCUCUCUCUGGUGACAGCUGAGAUGCCGGUUCCAGUUCUCCUUCUCACUGGCGAAGAAAAAAAAAAUUAUUGUUUUAGUGUCAAAUAAUCUGGUUUUAGUGUCAAAUAAUUGCUUAAAUGUCUGAUUUUUUUUUUUUUUUUUUUUACGUUAUAAAUUGCUUCUUUAAACGAAGAUGAUUAGUGACCAAAUAAUUACAAGCUACUUUUUGAGGUUGUGUUGGCAGCACAUUGUAAUUCUUGCAAUUGAAGCAAUGGACAGAAGAGACAUUG